AUGCAGGCAUUCCGGCCUCUGCUGUGGCGGCACGCCCGGCGCACUAACAGGGUUCUACCGUAUUAUGUCUACGGGGCACUGCAACACAACUACCAUGGCCCUCACAAGGAGUACUUCCAGACGCCGGGCCAGAUGCCGACACCCGACACCACGCCAUACACGGGACCGUACACUCCUCCAUCACCCCCAUCACCGACAGUCCUCCCUUCUCCGGGGCCUUCGCUCCUCCGGCGUGCGACGCGAUCUGUCCUGUGGGCGACCCUGUUCGGCAUCACUGGCCUGGCCGCGGGGACGGCCUUGAUCACCUGGGAAUACCUACAACCAACGUUCGAGCCUGGCUCGGUCGAAGACGAAGAGCUGACCGCAGAGAUUGGGGACACGUUGGAGAGCCAUCCGCUGGUCGAGGCGCUGCGCGACGAGGGCUGGGUGGAAGAGAGCUACUAUGCGGGCAAGAUUAAUGGCCCCGGCAGAGGGCAGCACCUGGUGGCGGAGACGCUGACCGGGACACGGGGCAUCAUGAUGAAGACGUUCAAGCACCCGACGCUGGAUUUCACCAUGAUGGUGUUUUUUCUGGGAUUUGGCAUCGAAGGCUGGCCCGAUGUGAUCCACGGCGGCAUCAUCACGACUCUCCUCCAAGAAGGUAUCAAUCAUCAAGUCCGAAAUCUUUAUAAGCACUAUGGGAAACAACACUCUCAAUUCAUUGCCGUCGAUUUCAAACGGCCAAUGCGGCCCGGAGACAUCUAUGCUGUUCUCAUCCCACCAGCUCAAUUGGAACUGCAGCUUAUGCCUGAUGUCUUCCAUUUGCAGUUGACCGCGAUGCUCCUCCACCUGGAAACUCCUCCCCGAAUAACGAUAGAGCCGAGCGAGGACCGGACAUCAAUCGAGUUGGCCGGAAGGAAGCCUAACGAGCUGAUUCAUGCUCUGGCGAGUGCGCAGGUCAGAAUGGUUCAAGAUGUGACGGAUGCUCGAAUGGCGGAGAUCGAGGCCAAAUUUGAAGAGGAACGUCGACUACUGGAGGAGGCCGAACACUCCGCGGAUGAGUGA